UCUUUUAAAAUGAAAAGUAGAUGCGUGCAUCAUUUCAUCCCAAAUUUUCUUCCCAAAGAGACUAGAAAUUAGAAAUAUAGUUUGUUCCUCACAAAAUUCCUUUUCUGGCCUCUAAGCUUGUACGUCUUGUUCCAUCUGUGGAAGAUUGAGUUCAGAUCAAAUUCAUCUCAUAAUACGAAUGCUAUAGGAAGCAAGUCUGUGGCAGAAAUAGAGAAGGAGAAGAAAGAAGAGGAGUUGGGCUCUUUCUAGAUGUCAUUGUGGCAAAUAUAAGGUUAGAACUCUUACAAAAACCGAGAUUUGCAAGGGUGUAAAGCGGCUCAGCCCUUCUAGCCGAACUUCUACUUUGAAAGUCCAAAGCAGAGUGGCAAAACAGUGGCAAACUUCCUUUCUUGUCAGUCGCCCUGAAACUGCAAUGGGAGCCUCCAGUGUACCAAGGCUAUCUGGGAUGCAGAAGCAAGUGCUUGCUCUAUAUAGGGGAUUCUUAAGAGCAGCCCGCUCCAAGCCUGCUGAAGAGAGGAGGCAAAUUGAGUCACUUGUAUCAGCUGAGUUCCACAAAAAUUCUAAGCAAGUUGACCGUAAGAACUUUAUUUAUAUUGAAUACUUACUUCGUCGUGGUAAGAAACAACUUGAUCAGCUCAAGAGCCCUGAUAUUGUUGGAUUGUCGUCCUUAAGUGUUGAUUCUUCACAAACAAGGAAUUCAUCCUCCUAGAUUUUGUACGAAAUACACUCCUUUUGAACUUUACUGGAGUUGGUUGAUUAUACAAUCUCUUGUGCUGGGACUAGCAUAGGGCAUUUGAAUGCCAAUAUUUACUAACUCAUAUACUAGGGUUCAGAAACAUUUGUAUGGUGCGAGAGUCGUAAUUGCUGUAAAAACAAUUUAAUGACUGGCAAUGGCCCUCAUCUGGAAAAAGAGACGGGUAGAUGGUUUUGUAACCACAGAAAAACCAUCUUUGGCUGAUGUCGAUGCAUUUCGUUUUGGCUCUCUUCAAUAAGAAUCUUGGUUUUUACGGUAAUAAGAUUUGGCAGCCUCUACAACAUUAAUAAAUUCA